GCCGAUGAAGCUGUCUGGCAGCUUUUCCCGAAAGCCGCAGCCGAGGGGGCGUUUCUGAGCGCAGGGCCCGGCAGAGCCGGCACCUCCCCUUUCCACCUCCCGGUCGGUGCCGGGGCUCCGAGUUCAGACCAGGUGGGCGCCUACGCGCCGCGCCCGCUGUGCUGAGUGUGCAGCCUACACGCCCGCAUCCAACGACGCCCCUGGCCUCGCCUCGCACCUGCGUGGGCGCCCCCGUCGCCUCGCACGCGCCGCGAGGCUCUCGCUUCUCGUCUCCGGCCGGGGCUGCAGGCGCCGGCGGUAGCGGCGCGGCCCGGGAGGCGGGCGCAGGGCGGGCCGCCGGCGCUCCGCUCCCGGAAGCGGGCGGUUCCUGGGCUCCAGUCUAGCGGACCGGCGCGGCCGCCGGAGCUCCAGCAUCCCCGCCCGCGCCCCGGGGAGCAGCGCCGCCCCGGCCGGCAGGAUGCUGCCGGUGUACGCCGAGGUGAAGCCCAACCCGCUGCAGCACGCGAACCUCUGCUCCAGAGUGUUCUUCUGGUGGCUAAACCCCUUGUUUAAAAUCGGUCGUACACGGAGGUUAGAGGAAGAUGAUAUGUAUUCAGUGCUCCCGGAAGAUCGCUCGAAGCACCUUGGAGGAGAGUUGCAAGGGUGCUGGGAUAAAGAAGUUUCACGAGCCGAAAAAGACGCUCAGAAACCUUCGCUAACAAAAGCGAUCAUACAGUGUUACUGGAAGUCCUAUUUAGCUUUGGGAAUUUUCACAUUAAUUGAGGAAGUCAUCAAAGUAAUCCAGCCCAUAUUUUUGGGGAAAAUUAUUAAUUAUUUUGAAAACUAUGAUCCCAGCGAUUCUGUGGCUUUGCACGAAGCCUACGCCUAUGCUGCGGUGCUGACUGCCUGCACGCUCGUGUUGGCCAUACUGCACCACUUAUACUUUUACCAUGUUCAGUGUGCUGGCAUGCGCCUAAGAGUAGCCAUGUGCCAUAUGAUUUAUCGGAAGGCACUUCGCCUUAGUAACGUGGCCAUGGGGAAGACCACCACAGGUCAGAUAGUCAAUCUGCUGUCCAAUGAUGUGAACAAGUUCGAUCAGGUAACAAUAUUCUUGCACUUCCUAUGGGCAGGGCCACUGCAAGCUAUCGCAGUGACUGCCCUGCUCUGGAUGGAAAUAGGAAUAUCAUGUCUUGCUGGGAUGGCAGUCAUAAUUAUUCUUCUGCCUUUGCAAAGCUGCUUCGGGAAGUUGUUUUCAUCACUCCGGAGUAAGACGGCAGCUUUCACGGACGCCAGGAUCAGGACCAUGAAUGAAGUUAUAACUGGCAUCAGAAUAAUAAAAAUGUAUGCGUGGGAAAAGUCAUUUGCAGAACUUGUUACCAACUUGAGAAGAAAGGAAAUCUCCAAAAUUCUGAGAAGUUCCUACCUUAGAGGAAUGAAUUUGGCAUCAUUUUUUGUUGCAAGCAAAAUGAUUGUUUUUGUGACCUUCACCACCUAUGUGCUCCUCGGCAAUGUGGUCACAGCCAGCCACGUGUUUGUGGCCAUGACACUGUAUGGGGCUGUUCGGGUAACGGUCACCCUCUUCUUCCCCGCGGCCAUCGAGAGAGUGUCAGAGGCAGUCGUCAGCAUCCAGAGAAUCAAGGAUUUGCAGCUUUUGGAGGCUGGAGAUCUCACUGUGAUAGGAGAUCGGGGGGCCACGCUGAGUGGGGGUCAGAAGGCUCGGAUCAGCCUCGCAAGAGCCGUGUAUCAAGAUGCAGACAUCUACCUCCUGGACGACCCACUCAGUGCAGUAGAUGCAGAAGUUAGCAGGCACUUGUUCGAACUGUGUAUUUGUCAAACUUUGCAUGAGAAGAUCACAAUCUUAGUGACUCAUCAGUUGCAGUACCUAAAAGCUGCAAAUCAGAUUCUGAUAUUGAAAGAUGGAAAAAUGGUGCAAAAGGGGACUUACACUGAAUUUCAGAAAUCUGGGGUAGACUUUGGUUCCCUCUUGAAGAAGGAAAAUGAGGAAGCUGAACAGUCUCCAGUCCCAGGAAGUCCCCUUCUGAGGAAUCGGACCUUUUCUGAGACUUCGGUUUGGUCUCAGCAGUCUUCGUUGAAAGAUGGUGCUCCAGAGGGCCAAGAUACUGAGAAUAUGCAGGUUACAGUACCAGAGGAGAGCCGUUCUGAAGGAGAAGUAGGUCUUAGAGUCUACAAGAAUUACUUCAUAGCUGGUACUUCCUGGUUGAUCAUCAUUUUCCUCAUUCUACUAAACAUUGCAGCUCAGGUUGCCUAUGUUCUUCAGGACUGGUGGCUUUCAUACUGGGCAAAUGAACAAAGUAAGCUGGAUAUUACUCUAAGUGGUGAAGGAAAUGAAACUGAGAAGCUCGACCUUCACUGGUACCUAGGAAUUUAUUCAGGUUUGACUGUAGCUACCAUCCUUUUUGGCAUAGCAAGAUCUCUGUUGGUAUUCUACGUCCUUGUUAAUUCUUCACAAGCUUUGCACAACAAAAUGUUUGAGUCCAUUUUGAAAGCUCCGGUAUUGUUCUUUGAUAGAAACCCAGUAGGAAGAAUUUUAAAUCGUUUCUCCAAAGACAUUGGGCAUAUGGAUGACUUGCUGCCCCUGACAUUUCUAGAUUUCAUCCAGACAUUCCUACAAGUGAUUGGUGUGGUGGGUGUGGCCAUGGCAGUGAUUCCCUGGAUUGUAAUACCUCUGAUUCUCCUUGGCAUCCUUUUCUUUGUUCUUCGGCAGUACUUCUUAAAAACGUCAAGAGAUGUCAAACGCCUAGAAUCGACAACACGGAGCCCGGUAUUUUCCCACCUGUCGUCUUCUCUUCAGGGACUCUGGACCAUCCGGGCAUGCAAAGCAGAAGACAGGUUCCAGGAACUGUUUGACUCACAUCAGGAUUUGCAUUCAGAGGCUUGGUUCUUGUUUUUGACUACGUCCCGGUGGUUCGCCGUGCGUCUGGAUGCCAUCUGCGCCAUCUUCGUCAUCGUUGUUGCCUUUGGGUCCCUGAUUCUGGCAAAAACUGUGGAUGCUGGGCAGGUUGGCCUGGCCCUGUCCUAUGCCCUCACACUCAUGGGGAUGUUCCAGUGGUGCGUCAGGCAAAGUACCGAAGUUGAGAAUAUGAUGAUUUCAGUAGAAAGGGUCAGUGAAUAUACAGAGCUGGAGAAAGAAGCUGCUUGGGAGUACGAGAAACGCCCGCCGCCCGCCUGGCCCCACGAAGGAGUGAUCGUCUUUGAUAACGUUAACUUCGCAUAUAGUUUAGAUGGGCCUCUGGUACUGAAGCAUCUGACUGCACUCAUUAAAUCAAGAGAAAAGGUUGGCAUUGUGGGAAGAACGGGAGCUGGAAAAAGUUCCCUCAUCUCGGCCCUUUUCAGAUUGUCAGAACCCAAAGGCAAAAUCUGGAUUGAUAAGAUCUUGACAACUGAAAUUGGACUUCACGAUUUAAGGAAGAAAAUGUCAAUCAUACCUCAGGAACCUGUUUUAUUCACUGGAACAAUGAGGAAAAAUCUGGAUCCCUUUAAUGAGCAUACAGAUGAGGAACUGUGGAAUGCCUUAGAAGAGGUACAACUUAGAGAAGUCAUUGAAGAUCUUCCUGGUAAGAUGGAUACCGAAUUAGCAGAAUCAGGAUCGAACUUCAGUGUUGGACAGAGACAGUUGGUGUGCCUUGCCAGGGCUAUUCUCAGGAAAAAUCGGAUAUUGAUAAUUGAUGAAGCGACAGCAAAUGUGGAUCCGAGAACUGAUGCGUUAAUACAAAAAAAAAUCCGCGAGAAAUUUGCCCAGUGCACUGUGCUAACCAUUGCGCACAGGUUAAACACCAUUAUUGACAGCGACAAAAUAAUGGUUUUGGAUUCAGGAAGGCUGAAAGAAUAUGAUGAGCCAUAUAUUUUGCUGCAAAAUGAAGAGAGCCAAUUUUACAAGAUGGUACAGCAACUGGGCAAGGCAGAAGCUGCUGCUCUCCUGGAAACAGCAAAGCAGGUGUACUUCAGAAGGAAUUACCCAGAUUUUACUCAGAAUGGCCAUGUGGUUUUGAAUGCUUCCAAUGGACAGCCUUCAACCUUAACCAUUUUUGAGACAGCACUGUGAUUCUACCACAAUGUUAAAUCUAUUCCAAAGGCAUUUUUGCAACAGUUUGUGUACUGCAUAAACUAUAUUCUCCUUUUUUUCAUACCAACAAAAAGAGGUUACUUUAUUUGGAUUUUUUCCUCCAGCGUCACUCAUUGAUUUCAACCUCUAACAAAAUGAUUUAUUAUUUUUGUCACAUAAUAUUUUGUUUCUUAUCCAAAUCAGAGGUGCAGGCCACCAAUAAAAGCUGUCUACCAGAUUUUGUGCCUUCA